AUGGAAAAACACAAUCAAACAGUGCUGAAUGAAUUCAUUCUCACGGGAAUCACAGAUCAUCCUGAGCUGCAGGUUCCAUUAUUUAUGCUCUUCCUCAUCACCUAUGUGAUCUCAGUGGUGGGCAACUUGGGCCUGGUCAUCCUCACCAAGAUGGACCCCAGGCUACAAACACCCAUGUACUUCUUUCUCAGACACCUGGCUUUUACUGAUCUUGGUUACUCAACAACUGUGGGUCCCAAAAUGUUAGUAAAUUUUGUUGUGGAUCAAAAUACAAUCUCCUAUUAUUUUUGUGCCACACAGAUGGCUUUUUUCAUCAUGUUCAUUAUUAGUGAACUUUUUAUUCUGUCAGCAAUGUCCUAUGACCGCUAUGUGGCCAUCUGUAACCCUCUGCUCUACACAGUCAUCAUGUCCCAAAGGGUAUGUUGGGAGCUGGUGGCAAUCCCCUAUCUCUACAGCACGUUUGUUUCUCUUUUAGUCACUGUAAAGCUUUUUAAUUCAUCUUUCUGUAGAAAUAAUGUCAUAAGACAUUUCUACUGUGAUAAUUUCCCCUUGUUAUCUUUGGUUUGCUCUAACACUCAUGAAAUUGAAUUCAUGAUAAUGACUUUCUCAGCUUUUAAUUUGAUUUUCACCCUUCUGAUAGUUCUUGUGUCUUACCUGCUCAUCAUUGUAGCCAUUCUCAGGAUGAACUCUGCUGAAGGUAGGCUCAAGGCUUUUUCCACAUGUGGAUCCCACCUGACAGUGGUCACAGUGUUCUAUGGCACUUUGACAUUUAUGUAUGUGAAGCCCAAAUCCAGUCAUUCCUUUGACACUGAUAAAGUGGUGUCUGUAUUUUACACUCUCAUUAUCCCCAUGUUGAAUCCCUUGAUCUAUAGCUUAAGGAACAAAGAUGUAAAAUAUGCACUGCAAACAAUGUGGAAAAAGCUAUGCAAUAUAUUUUCUUAA